CCACACCAGUUAUGGCUUCGCUCGCAUUCGGAGUUUUCCUUCUUUAAAAAAGUAACUUUUCGAAAUGUGGAAAUGGGUUAUUCAAUCGGCCAUGUUGUGCAUUUUUGCUUGGGUAGGUUCACUGAUUGCAAAGGAAAGCUAGUAACAUAUAUUCUCUGCUUUCUUCGUUCUUUGUUGUUUCGGUUUCCUUUCUUUUAGUUCUUAGUUAUAAUUGGUGAUUCUGGUUACUCUCCUAUUGCUCAAGAUAUUGGUAAGAACUUGCUGACUUGCUGUAGCUGCAUUUAUCUAGCUAUGAUGAAUGCAUUGUCUUGGGUCAUGAGCUGGGAAAAUUAAAAAAUAAUGAUCCUGUCGGUUUUUUCUUUGUUGCGUUUUCUAUGAAUCUGUGAGAAAUCUAUUACUGAUGAAUUUAACUGGCAUAAUGAUGUGUUACAAACUUACAUCAGCAGGUCAAAUAUAAAUCUUGAUUCAGCUGUCAGGUUACAAAAUGAAUUCUGUAACAUGUAUAAGGUCAAGUUGGUGGAUGAGCUCAUCUGAUUGACUUAUGAUGUGUCGUAUCCAAUCCAGUAAUUAGUGGAAUCGAUGAAUUAGAUAGUCUAAUUUCUGUAUUUCAAUGUAUUGGAAGGUUUUGCCAUCCUGUGUUCGUUUAAAUAUAGAGGCCUUUCUAUUGAUCAUAACUUAUAACAUAGGCCCUGUAAUUGCCUACCCCUUUGUGGUAUAAAAGAGGUAAUAAUUUUAUCAGAACUAAGUUUUUGUGAUUCUUAGGGUAAAAGCUAAUACUAAAUUAUAAUAUGCUAACCUUUUUUCCCCUUCUAAUCUGACUAUGCUACCCUUAUGCUUACUUAAUACCUUAAUACCUUUGAAGAAAUUAGGGAGAUGGAUCCGUUGUUAAAUCUUCCUGCUUCCUCAGUCUGUUUAGGGUUUAUGGGAUUUGAAUAGAAAUAUCCUCUAUGAGUAUAUUCAUGAUUUUAUUCUAGGUUAUAACCUAAGUCAUGCUUCAGCACUCGUAAAAUAAUCUAUUUUUGUGAAUGCAAAUAUGGGCAUAUGAUGGUUUUACACUUGAUCUCUGAACUGCAGGUAAGUUCAUAUGUUGACAAGUUUAUCUACUGAUGCCCUCUCUGUUUGCACCAAUAAUAGAAGCAGAAAAGUGUCAACAAAGUGGGGAGACUGUCAUAACUAGUUGGUUACUGCUGUUAAGUUUGGAAACUGUUGACAUAGUUGUGACUAUAUAUUAUUCUUCUAUUUCAUCUAAAACUUCCUUUAUGAUUGAGAAAGAGGGUUUUUAAAGAGGAAAGGUUCUUCAUUUCGUUUUACUUGUAAUCGCGAUAAAAUGAAGCUAUCUGCUUAUUUCAGUUUCACUGUUUGAUAUCUGUUAACUGCUUGGCUAAAGAAAGUAGACAUUUAUUUUUCCUUCAAUCCUUUUCUCCUUUUCGUGUAGCACUUCUGAAUGUUUUUAGUGGGUUCCCGGGUCAGAUUCUUAUUCAAUGAAAAUGAUAGUGUGUCUCUACUUUAGUUGUUUGGUGUAUUUGAAUUGUACUAUGCAUUUUUAUUUUUUGCUUCAUUUUGGGUUCAUGCAUUGAUGACAUUCGUUUGGUUAGGAUCUCAGAAAACAGCUGUAUUGAAAAUCUGGAAGCCUGAAAUAUUCUUAAAUAAAUUAUACACUUGAGGCACUACUGGUUACCGGAUAGUUGUAUUGGAGAAAAAGGUUUCCAAAAGCUUUUUGGGUUACUAAAUUUCUUGAAAACUUCUGUUUUUUCUUGUGUACUUUCUUCAUGGUAACUUCUGACAUUUCUGUGUAUUGAAUUGUGACUUUUCUGGCUUACUAUAUAGCUAAGUCGACUGGCUGGAUGAGAUGACCAUGUCCUGAUUGAUUUUGUUAUUACGCUUCUAAGCUCUUGUCCUCGGCUGCCGUUGACACUCUUUGUUAGGAACUUAUAGAUGGAUAAACCAUGGAUUCUUCUGACUAGCCAUAAAAAAAAACCAUCAAUCGCUUCUUUUUUCAUAGAUUAACAAUAAACAUGCUAGCAUUUAACAUAUUUGUUAACAGGGGUCAUUCACAAUGAGGCUGCAUUUCACCAUCCUGUAUGUGAAAUGACUGCGUGAUCAAAGAAAAAUUGCACAAUGCCAGAGACAAUUCAAGGGUGGAGCUUGGCCUAAAUAAAGUUUUGCCAUUCACAGCAGGUUAUAACAUCCCAGAGUGCAAUCCGAUAAAACAUGUGGGUUUCCAUCAUUUCUGUGGCGCAUUAUGUCAUAGGUGAUAACCUUCCGAAGUUGGCACUACACUGAAACAUAUGCAUGUUUUCACCCUUCUGGUGCUUGUCAGUUGCUGUUUCUACCUCCCUCACUCUCGGCACUUCAACUCUCCAUCCGUUGCUCUCGCCGGCAUCUCCGUCCGACGCUCUCGCCAACUCUUCUCCCUCCAUCACUGUUGCGAUAACAUAUGUCAAAAACAGAUCUCCCUUUCUCUUCUUCCCUCUGGCCACUCUCCUCCCUUUGUCAUUGUCGCCAGCGCAUUGGGUCUUCUUGCAGCCGGAACACUUGAAAAAGGCUCCCUUUCUUCUUCUGUGGUGUGGCAGGAGUUUGUUCAGUCUGUGUUGCCUCCCUUUAUCCAAUCCAGAUCGGUGCUGUCCUCCUUGUCUCUUCUUCUGUCCGUGUGGCCGCCGGUGUUCCUGAUUCUGCAACAUUGCUCAACCGUGGUGUGCUGUGAAGUGUUGGAAUAUAGGAAAAUCCAGCAUAUGAAAAGUUCAAGCACCAUGGGCUAAGGUUUCGAACUGAUUAGAAACUGUAUUCAAGGACACUAUGGCAUCAGGAGAGGAUAUGUGGGCACCAUCUUGGACCCAGCCUGAGUCACAGAGGGUUGAUCAGUCAAAUGACUACCAACCAACAAUGGAUUGGGAAGAAGGUUUAGGGGAUAGUGAAGACGGGCUUUUAGGUGUUGAUAUUGGAUGCUGUGUAGGAGUUUUGGACGAUUUGGAUGGCAUCAAUUUAACUGCAAACACAUCGAACACUACACUCAUUGUACCUAGUGGUUUAGAAAGUCAAGGGAUGAGGAAGAGAGGUGAAGGGUUGGAUAAGUACAAGAAGCAAGAAAUGCUAGCAACAAAAAGAAUAACAGAUGCAGUAAGUUCGAUUGCUACUGCUUCAAAGGAAAUAGCAAAGGCAAUAAACAAAAUGUCUAAUAGUGAUAUCACUACUGAACUUACCACUGAUCUGCUGAGUAUGGAGGAAAUUGCCAGUGACACUCAUCUUUGUGUCAUCUGUUGUAAUCUUUUGGCAAACAAGACUUUCAGAGACAUAUAUGCUGGCCUGAGAGGAAAUCGUGAGGUAUUAGUAGCUUGGUUGAAGUACAAUGCUAAAAACCCACCGCCGUACGCUGCACCCAAGAAUCCUUGAGUGCUAUUGAGUGACUUAUUAUGACUUAUGUUUUUUUACCUUAAUGUGUUUGGUUACUAUGUGUUGUGACGAUAUGUUUAAUGAUUAUGGGUGUUUAAUGAUUAUGUUUAAUAUUGUGUUUCA